ACGUUCCUUGAUGACAUCAUUGGGCCAUGCCAACCCCAGCUGCACAGAAAAGCAGCUGAUGAAUUGAUUGGUUUCUCUGCUCCUCUGUGGCUCGUCCAGCCCGUCUGUCCCUGGGGAAGAUAAGUACUCUUUGGGAGUGAAGAUAAAGGAGGAGCUGAAAUGCCAGGACAAGCAGCUAGUUAGACACUGGAACACAAGACUGCAGACAGGUAAGGACUAUGGAGAAUGCAGCUUCUGACCAUUCACUUCAAGCAAGAGUCACUCACAUCUGUCACUAUUCCAGAGAUAUGCAGAUGAAGUUGCUCCAUCUAAGAGAGCAAUCAGAGAGCAGCCUUACAUUGUGGAGACCUUGGAUUUCGACAGCAAGAGAUGUUCAACUGACAAGAAGUCAAGGAAUGCCUGGUGAUCAGAGAAAUUUUAGAUCAAAAGGAGCUUUGGGUUUUCAGCAUCCAGUGAGACUCUACUUGCCCAAAUCAAAAUCCAAAAAGUAUCUACACAACAUUGGAGAGACGGUUCUGUCAAGUUUUCCAGUUCAAGCCACAAUUCACUUCUACAAUGAUGAUACUGAUUCUGAAGACGAGGAGGACAAGGAAAGAAUUGAACUUUAUCAUUAACCUUACUUGCUUCUGAAACCUAUAUGAAUCAAAAUGCAAAAAUUACCUCUGAAAUGUUUAUCAGCAUAUACCAUACAAACUAUCAAAAGCUCAUGUGAUGUUUUUGUGAUGCCUUGUCCAAAAAAAAAUGAGUUGAGUCAAUCGGCCAUAAUCAGAGAUGGUUCUGUUUCCUUUUGGGAUAUUCAAGAGAACAAAACUCUAAAAGCAUUUUAGUGCUUUAAAUAUUGGAGCUCUGUGUGAUAGUCAACAAACUGAUUCUGGUUGGAGUGACAGCUGGAAUAAGAUUGUUACCACUGUGCUAUGCGUAGCACAAAGACUCCUAAAUAUUGUAUUUCUGUGAAGAUGAAAAUACAUGACUGGCUAGGAGACAAAAAAAAACUAAAUGCACCAAUCCAGACUACCUGAGGACUUAUUUUCACAGGAAAAUUAAGGUAGGAUGUGAAUUUAAAUGAGAAAGGCUGUUUCUGAUUAACAGUGUGCGUGGAUGCUCUUUUUCUGAAUGAGCUCAAACCACUUUCAAACAGCUAUUUCAGAAUAGCUCCCAAAUUAGACAAGCACAAAGCUAGAACUUUGAUGGGUGAUGAGAAGUGAGAAACUCAUACCUAGUGUCUAAUCAUAGUAUCUGGAAUCCUGCCUGUUAGAUGUCACUAGUUUUCAUAGAUUCAUAGAUUCAUAGAUGUUAGGGUCGGAAGGGAUCUCAAUAGAUCAUCAAGUCCGACCCCCUGCAUAAGCAGGAAAGAGUGCUGGGUCUAGAUGACCCCAGCUAGAUACUCAUCUAACCUCCUCUUGAAGACCCCCAGGGUAGGGGAGAGCACCACCUCCCUUGGGAGCCCGUUCCAGACCUUGGCCACUCGAACUGUGAAGAAGUUCUUCCUAAUGUCCAAUCUAAAUCUGCUCUCUGCUAGCUUGUGGCCAUUGUUUCUUGUAACCCCCGGGGGCACCUUGGUGAAUAAAUACUCACCAAUUCCCUUCUGUGCCCCCAUGAUGAACUUAAAGGCAGCCACAAGGUCGCCUCUCAACCUUCUCUUGCGGAGGCUGAAAAGGUCCAGUUUCUCUAGUCUCUCCUCAUAGGGCUUGGUCUGCAGGCCCUUGACCAUACGAGUUGCCCUUCUCUGGACCCUCUCCAGGUUAUC